UAGCGGUAUUCUCUCACCUGUGCUCAGUCCACAAACGACAAUCGCUUCGAAUAGUCGCGCGAAUAUGUAACUUAAUAAAUUAUAACGAUUAAAAAAUAAAUUAAACUAUUCACAGAGUGGAAAUUACGAACAAAACAUCGAAUUUCGAAUAAGCAAUUAGAAAAUGGCGCAGAAUACGCGAAAUUCGGACUUGUCGCAGAUAGCGGUGAAUGCCAACAACAUUCCGGACGACAGCGUCGAUUGUGGCAUCAUCGGACUGGGCUGGUGUCGUGGCCCCGCCUGCCAAAAAUACGCCCGUCUCCGGACCCUGAUUAUAGUCCUCCUCAGUUCCGGUUUACUUCAGGGAGCUUGCGAAUUGUACUUCCGGAUCUCGGCCAAACAGGCCGCCUUCCAGUACGGCUACAAUCCUCUCCUAGUGGAUUGGCUCUUGGUCAGCAGUGGACUCUUCCAGGCUGUGUUCGCCUUGGGCUUUGCCUACUGGGCCGAUGUCUAUCACCCGAUCAAGUGGCUCGUGGGCACCCUAAUGCUCCAGUCGGUGGCCUGUGUCAUCGCCGUAAUCCCUCCAUAAUGAACUU